CGCGGGGCCGCGCUUCCGGGUACGGGCCCUGGAGGGCGGCGGGCCCGGGGCGGCGUGAGGUGCUGCGGGCGGGCGGAGCGCGAAGUUGGCCGGACCGAAUGUGAGCGGCGGAACGGAGGAGCGGGCGGACGGAGGAGCGGGAGGGAGCCGCGCGCUCGGACCAUGAGGCUCCGGCUGUGGCUGGUCUCUGCCCUGAUGCUGCUCUGGGCGCCGGGCGGGCUGCGGGCGCUGGGGCGGCCGCCGCGAGAGCUGCGCUACGAUGCAGUUGAAUCCAUGCUCUCAGAUUAUGACAUCCUUUCUCAGUCCAGUAUCCAGCAGCACUCACUGAAGAAGAGAGACCUCCAGCCUGAGACUCAUGUAGAGAGGCUUUUAAGUUUCUCAGCCCUGCAAAGGCACUUCAAAUUAUACCUAACUGCAACUGCUGAACACUUUUCAGAAAAAUUUCAAGCAUUAAUUGUGGAUGGUGAAGGCAAGGAAAAGGAGUAUCAUGUUCAAUGGCAAGACUUUUUCACUGGACAUGUUGUUGGGGAGCAUAAUUCCAAGGUUGUGGCACACAUUGGGGAUGAAGACUUUACUGUAAGAAUCAAUACUGAUGGAGAAGAAUAUAAUAUAGAGCCCCUGUGGAGAUUUAUAGAUAAUGUUCAAGAUGAAAGAUUGCUGGUCUACAGAUCUGAAGAUAUUAAAGAUUUCUCACGUCUGCAAUCCCCCAAAGUAUGUGGUUAUUUAAAGCUGAAUGAAGAGGAUCUUUUACCUAAAGGACUGGAAGAGAGUAAGCAAAAUGAAGCCAGCAUCCACCGGGAGAAAAGAGCCAUUCCAGACAGCUCCAAAGAUACGUGCAAGAUGUUGGUAGUGGCAGACCAUCGGUUUUUCAAGUACAUGGGCCGUGGGGAAGAGAGCACUACUAUAAACUAUUUGAUUGAAUUGAUAGACAGAGUGGAUGACAUCUACCGAAAUACUUCGUGGGACAAUGGGGCCUUCAAAGGUUAUGGCAUACAGAUAGAACAGAUUAUCAUCCACAGUGAACCAGAACAUGUAGAACCUGGAGAAAAGCAUUACAAUAUGGCAAAAAGUUACCCAGAUGACAAGAAGGAUGCCUGGGAUGUGAAAAUGCUGCUAGAGCAAUUUAGCUUUGAUAUUGCUGAGAAAGCAGCUCAUGUGUGCCUUGCUCAUCUCUUCACAUACCAAGAUUUUGAUAUGGGAACACUUGGACUGGCUUAUGUUGGUUCUCCCAGACCUAACAGCCAUGGUGGCAUUUGUCCUAAAGCUUAUCACAGUCCGAUUGUAAAGAAAGACAUCUAUCUGAACAGUGGCUUAACCAGCACCAAGAACUAUGGGAAAACCAUCCUCACAAAGGAGGCCGACUUGGUUACAACGCAUGAACUUGGCCAUAACUUUGGAGCAGAGCACGAUCCUGACAGUCUGCCAGAAUGUGCCCCCACAGAGGACCAGGGAGGGAAAUAUGUUAUGUAUCCAAUUGCUGUCAGUGGAGAUCAUGAAAACAAUAAGAUGUUUUCAAGCUGCAGCAAAAAAUCCAUCCAUAGGACCAUAGAGAUCAAGGCUCAGGAGUGCUUCAAAGAGCGCAACAACAAAGUGUGUGGGAACUCCAGGGUGGACGAAGGGGAGGAAUGCGAUCCUGGCCUCUUGUACCAACAAGCUGAUCCCUGCUGCUCUGCAGACUGCAAACUGAAAGAUGGUGCCAAAUGCAGUGAUCGGAACAGCCCCUGCUGUAAAGGCUGCCAGUUUGAAAGUGCCCAGAAAAAAUGCCAAGAAGCCAUAAAUGCCACUUGUAAAGGAGAGUCCUUUUGCACGGGGAACAGCAGCGAGUGCCCUCCUCCUGGGAAUGCUCCAGACGACACAAUCUGUGUGGACAUGGGGAAGUGCAAGGAUGGCGAGUGCAUCCCUUUCUGCGAGAGGGAGAAGAACCUUCGCUCGUGUGCCUGCAAUGAAACAGAUAACUCCUGCAAGGUGUGCUGCCGGGACGAGCAGGAUCGGUGCACGCCGUACGUCGAUGCCAACCACCAGUUCCUGUUUCUGCGCAAGGGGAAGCCUUGUACCGUGGGCUUCUGUGACACAAAUGGCAAAUGUGAGAAGCAAGUACAGGAUGUGAUUGAACGAUUUUGGGAUUUCAUAGACCAGCUUAGCAUCAACACCUUCGGGAAGUUCCUGGCAGAUAACAUAGUGGGCUCUGUGCUCGUCUUCUCCUUGCUGUUUUGGAUUCCUCUCAGCAUCCUUGUGCACUGUGUGGACAAGAAAUUGGACAAGCAAUAUGAGGAAAACAACAAGUCUCUGUUCUGUGCCAGUAACGUGGAGGUGCCCAGCAGCCUGGACUCGGCCUCUGUGCGCAUCGUGAAGCCCUUCCCCACAGCGCAGCCCACCAGCCGGCACCAACCCCUGCAGCCCAUCGUGGCUGCGCCUGCGGCCGCCGCUGCUCCCAAGCAGGACCACCAAAGAAUGGACACAAUUCAGGAGGACCCCAGCACCGACUCUCAUAUUGACGAGGACGGGUUUGAGAAGGACCCUUUCCCAAACAGCAGCUCGGCUGCCAAAUCUUUUGAGGACUUGACAGAGCAUCCUGUCACCAGGAGUGAGAAAGCGUCGUCUUUUAAACUGCAACGCCAGAACCGAGUGGACAGCAAGGAGACGGAGUGCUGAUGUCCUGCUGCCUCCACCGCGCGGCUCCCGCCUGCAGAAGUUCCUCUGGAUCUAAAACCAUUUCAUUUCUAUAAAUACAGAUAUAUGUAUAUAUAUUUUUGUGAGGGAGUGGGAGAAAUAAGGAAGCGACCUACUGCAGAUGCUGGUCAUGUGUAUGACCUUCCUUACAUUUAUUAGAGCAUUAUAUCUUUUAAAAACCGGAACUCCACAUGGAGACAGUCUUGGUUUUGAAGCUCAUUGGAUUUUUCUACUUUCUUGACCUCUAACAUUUCCUUCAACCUGUGGUGCAGAACAGAAUAUCCUCCAGGAUAUCACGUUGUGUGUAUAUCUGCCUUUUGUAAUGUCGUAUUUUGCAGUCUGGUGGCACUGACAGAUGAAAUUAAGGGGCUUUGCCAGCAAAGCAAAGCAAAUAAUCCACAGUGUGUUCCGUGUGGAGCAGAUCCUAUGAGGUACAGGUAAGCGAAAGUAUAAGCAUUACACGUACCUGGAGAACAGAAGGAAACAGUUAAAAUACUUGGCAUAUAAUGUGGAGAUGCAUAUCAGCAUCAAGGAGUUUGUGAGAAAGCUUCUCAAUAAAUAGUAGGGUUGUGCAGAGGCUGUUAAACCCUGCUCAGUGUAUGGAGAUGCCCCUCUAGCUGUGAGGCUGCCCUGUCCCUGUGUUUUUACUGCAGGGAAAUGUUCCCCCUGAGAGUUUUCCCACUGCAGUGGGGUGCAGGGGGCAAGGAAGGGAAGGGAAAGAAGUGGAGAAAUCACGUAUGCAGAUGAGAGCUGUUUGAACCACUUAUGGACGUUUCAGUGCAGAAAUGUUUCUCUGAUGAUUUUUCUGUUGAUUAUUGAGAAGGUAACACUAUCGUUGAGCUAUUCAAAGGGCUGAGCCUGGGAAGCUCUUAAAAAUCACUGCAAGAGUCCUGCACUCCAUGCAGGGGAGCAGUUGUGAAUUUGAACAAUGAAAAAGCAAGCUUUGUUAGACUUACAGGGCCUGUGCUGUGCUAGGGAGAUGUUGUAAACUCCACUUUCCCUACAGCUAGUACAGUGUGAUGUUAACAGCUGGUAACUUGUUGGUGUCCUUCAGUUGGAGCUCUGUAACAUGGGAUGCGGGGGCCAGAAGCGGUGCCAUAGCCUGAGUUCAGCCUGAUCUCAGGUGGGCUGACAGGGUGAGUCACAGAGCAGCUGUCAUGGAAGCAGAGCGCCUUAUUGUGCCUGUUUUCUCCCCUAAGAAUGCAUUGUUAAAGCUGACAUGGUGCGUGAAUGGAUGGGAACCAUUUUACCUGUUACAGGCCUGCACUCAGCCACCAGGGAGGCAGAGCUGGGGCAAGCCUUGGUGUUCUUAAAUGUGAUGGAAAGGAAGCAAACCUGUGAUGAGAGGAGCGUGA